AUGGCGUCCCAAGUUGCCCUUUCCGUUGCUGGCGGCAGUCCGCCCCAAAGUGUCGAGAAGAUCACUCGUAUCGCUCAAGAUUACGACUACAACCCGGCCGUGGCUUUGAAAUACUGGCUCAGAACCGCCUCAACACUGAUGAGAGAGGCUCAAAUAUAUGAGCGUGAGGGCCACGAUGAACAGGUCUACCUCCUUCUCUUCCGCCAUGCCCAGCUCGUCCUAGUCAAUUUAUCCAAACAUCCAGAUGCUCAGAAGAAUGAGAGUGAUCGUCAAGCUCUCAUCAAAGCGGAGAAAGAGGUUGAGAAGAAUCUGGCUAGACUUGAAGCACUGAAGCCGCGCAUCAACAAGCGCUAUGAAAGAUAUACCCAGCUGAUGCGGGAGCGUGAGUCUCGAAGACUCUCGCCGGAGGUAAACGCACACCCUGCGGACCCUGCUUUAACUGGGGUGGCAGAGCCCUUGGAAGCAGGUGAGAACCGUGAUCUCGCAGUCCGGCUUGCACAUCAUGAGCUCGACCGCCGGGCAACUGUGCGAAGUCGACGAGCGGCCGGCGAAUGGGGCGAAUGGGCAAACGUCUACCAGGCAAACCCCUCGUCUGCGGAUAUGGAGCUCAGCCAGCGGAUUCAGAAUAUACGAAACAACAUGGAUCACAAAUCCACCUCGAAUCAGUCUCCCCAUCAGCGACAACAAGGCUCGCUUGAUGCAGGCUCGACUAUCUCGGCAGCCUACAAUUACCCCAGCGUACCGAGGCGCCAGAUUGUAGAACCGGCCCUUUCUACUGCCCACGUUGCUAUCCGAGACAACAAUGCCGAACGCCAGAUGCCUCCGAUUUUGCCUCCGAAACAGCGCUGGGAACCAAAUCAAGCGACUCUCGUUGAUGGGGCACCGGGAUCGAACGUACCUCCUCUACCCCCCAAACACCUCUCGGGACCUAAGCUUCCUGAGAAGCCGCGGGAGCCUCUCACUACUGUGCCUACGAAACCAGAACUCGACCCAGCAAGUUACACCUUCAAGCCAUCUGCAUAUCUGGAGAAUGGCAGCCCUCUGCGCUCGGUAUUUCUUCCUGCGACACUGCGCUCGCAGUUCCUUGCCUUCGCCGCGCCAAACACCAAGAACAAUCUCGAAACUUGUGGCAUUCUCUGUGGUACAUUGGUCUCGAACGCCUUGUUCAUUUCCCGGCUUGUCAUUCCAGAGCAAAUAGCCACGUCUGACACGUGUGAGACCGUCAAUGAGUCUGCGCUUUUUGACUACUGUGAUGCUGAAGAUCUCAUCAUGCUCGGCUGGAUCCACACUCAUCCAAGUCAGACCUGCUUCAUGAGCUCACGUGAUCUACACACCCAUUCAGGAUAUCAGGUGAUGCUUCCUGAAAGCAUCGCCAUCGUCUGUGCGCCCAGCAAGAGUCCUGACUGGGGGGUUUUCCGUUUGACAGAUCCUCCUGGUCUCAAGACUGUACUCAAUUGCACCCAAACGGGCCUGUUUCACCCACACGGGGAGGCAAACAUUUAUACGGGGGCCCUGCGACCUGGCCAUGUUGUCGAGGUCCAGCAGUUGAACUUUGAGACUGUGGAUUUGCGGCCUAAAGGACAAUGA